UGUGUGUGUGUGUGUGUGUGCGCGGACUCGGAGGAAGGGAGGGUGUGCGUGCGUGUGUGCGUGCGUGCGUGCGUGUGUGUGUGUGUGUGUGUGCGCGUGCGGACGGAAAACCUGUUCUGCGCCUGCGCUGUCUGCUCCUCCCCGCCCACCCCCCCUCCCCCUCCCAAACAGGUCCAGGGGAAAACAAACCCUGAGCCGACGUAGCUCACCCCCGGGACUCCCGGCCGGGGUCGCUCUUCACUCCUCUGCGCCUCGUCGCAUCGAGUCCUCAGAGAGCUCCUCAGGGUUGUGGGGGAGGCAUAGAGAAUUAAAUUCUGAAUAAGUCUUUAAGUAGGAUGGACAGUUAUUUUAAAGCAGCAGUCAGUGACUUGGACAGACUCCUAGAUGAUUUUGAACAGAAUCCAGAUGAACAAGAUUAUCUCCGAGAUGUGCAAAAUGUAUAUGAUUCUAACCACUGUUCAGUUUCUUCAGAGUUGGCUUCCUCGCUACUACCAAAGGAUCAACAAUGCAUUAAUUGUUGUGCCUCAUCAGAAACAUGCUAUGAAACAAAUCAGAUUUCUCUGAACAAAACACUUGAGGGACUAACUUCUAUACAAAAUGAAAAAAAUGUAACAGGACUUGAUCUGCUUUCUUCUGUGGACGGUGGCACUUCAGAUGAAAUCCAGCCUCUGUAUAUGGGACGAUGUAGUAAACCUGUCUGUGAUCUGAUAAGUGACAUGGGUAACUUAGUUCAUGUAACAAAUAGUGAAGAAGAUAUUAAACAAUUAUUGCCAGAUGAUUUUAAGUCUAGUGCAGAUUCUUUGAUUGGAUUGGAUUUAUCUUCAGUGUCAGAAUCUCUUCAUGCCUCUUCAACAGACCGUGAUAAUAAUACUGUCAGAGAAGAACAGAAUGAUGUCCACUCUGAAUUACAAAAUAGAGAAAUUAGUGGAGCUGAAGAAUUGGGUAUGAAAGUAGAUACAACACCUUCAGAUUCAUGUAAUUACAGCGGAAAAGAGAAUUUAAAGGAUAAAAAGAUCUCUAAUCAGUUAGAACCAGUUGUUGAUGGUUUUAACAUGCCAUCUGCUUUGACUCAACAAAGUUCUAAAAUGUUUGAUACCAAAGACAACCUACAACACAAGAACCAGCCAUGUGAAUUACUAAAAGCUGAUAGCUGUUUGGUGGAAGAUGAAGUAGAUGUGGCAGUCAUAGCUGCCACAGAAUGUUUAAAAGAAGGAGACUGCACAAGUGCUGUGCCCUGCAGUGUUCCAAAAAACGAAGAUUUAUACUUACAUGACUCAAAUUCAAAAGAUGAAAUUUUCAAAUUACCUGACUUUUCCUUUCAGGAAGAUAGGACUGCUGUAUUUGUAAAACAAUCUGCAAAAGAAGACUCAAGAAAUAUAGAUCUUAAAGAUAAUCAAGAUACAAUCCAAGAUUCCUCUCCAGCUUUACAGGUUUCAGAUGAAGAGAUCUAUUCCUCAUUGACCUGUCUUCCAGUACCUGGGUCUUUGUGUGGAUCAUUAAUUGAAAGUAAAGCAGAUGGUGAUUGUUUAUCACAGAAUGAACAUAAAGAUAACAUACAAGACACAGUGACAGUCCAUGAAGAAAUACAGAAGAGUGUUAUUCUGGGUGGGGAACCGUUGAAGGAGACUGAUCAUUUGAAACAGGAAAAAUGUGAAAACGUAAUUGAAAAGGUGGGAGAUAGAAAGGAAGAGUCCAACCAGAUGGUAAUCAGAGUUGAAUCUUUGGAUUACCCUGGUAACACAAAUUCUUCUACAGCCACAGAAUCUCAAUUGGAGCUUUCUGGUGCUGAUGCCCCAGAGUUUCCUGAUGGUUGUGAAGGUCUCCCUUUUUUAAGCACUGAUAUCAAUGGGCAAGACUUAGAUUACUUUAAUAUUGAUGAAGGUAUGAAAAGUGGAACACUAAUUAGUGAUGCUGAACUUGAUGCCUUUCUAACUGAACAGUAUCUUCAGACUAGUAACAUAAAAGCCUUUGAAGAAAAUGUGAAUGACUCAAAAUCUGAAAUGAAUCAGAUAGAUGUGAAAGGCCUAGAUGAUGGAAAUGUCAGUAAUACAUAUUUCAAUGCUGAAACAGGAGCUACUGGGGAAAGUCUUGGUAUUAAUAUGAUUUGUGAAACAGUUGAUAAACAAAAUACAACAGAAAAUGGUGGCCUUUCUUUAGGGGAAAAAAGUACAAUUGCAAAUGAACAAGGGUUAUCUAACAAUAAAUCUGAGAUUAUGAAUGAAUUAUCAGUCUCUGAUAUUAAUAGUCAGUCUGUUCAUGUUGGAGGGGCUAGACCUAAGCAAUUGUUUAGCAUUCCACCAAGACCAGGGAGUUCAAAGGAACCAGGUAAACCAGAUGUUCCAAAUAUCCCUGAAAGUGAACCCAGCACAACAAAUACGAUUGUUCCAACCACUUGUACUACUGAUUCUACAGCUGAUCCUCAGGUUAGCUUCAACUCUAAUUAUAUUGAUAUAGAAAGUAAUUUUGAAGGUGGAUCCACUAUUAUAAAUGUGAGUGAAGAAUCUCUACCUGUAAACACUUGCAAAGAAGGCCUGGUUUUGGGCCUAAAACAACCUACUUGGGUUCCUGAUUCAGAAGCUCCAAACUGUAUGAACUGCCAGGUCAAAUUUACUUUUACGAAAAGGCGACACCACUGCCGAGCAUGUGGGAAAGUCUUUUGUGGUGUCUGUUGUAAUAGGAAGUGUAAACUGCAAUAUCUAGAAAAGGAAGCAAGAGUAUGUGUAGUCUGCUUUGAGUCUAUAAGUAAAGCUCAGGCAUUCGAAAGGAUGAUGAGUCCAACUGGUUCUAAUCUUAAAUCUAAUCAUUCUGAUGAAUGUGCCAACAUCCAGCCUCUUCAGGAGAGUCAAACAUCCAGUAUACCUUCACCUACAACUUUACCGAUCUCAGCACUUAAACAACCAAGUGUUGAAGGAUUAUGCUCCAAAGAACAGAAGAGAGUAUGGUUCGCAGAUGGUAUACUGCCCAAUGGUGAAGUUGCAGAUACAACAAAAUUAUCAUCUGGAAGUAAAAGAUGUCCUGAAGAUGUUAGUCCUCUCUUGCCUGAUAUGCCCUUGACAGUAAACACAGUGGAUCAUGCCCAUUCUACUGCAGUGGAGAAAGCAAACAAUGAGAUAGGAGAGAUUACAAGUGACAUAAUUCGGAGUCCUAUUUCUCAGGUUCCAUCUGUGGAAAAACUGCCUAUAAACACAGGAACUGAGGGGUUACCUACUUCUUGUUCUUUUACACUAAAUGAUGAUGUUUUUGCAGAAAUUGAGGGACCACCUACUCCUACUGAUGUCUUAGUUCACAGCAAUUUACCUGUUGCUAGUACUUCGGAUUAUAGGUUACUGUGUGAUAUUGACAAGAAUGUUUGCAAUAAGAUUAGUCUUCUACCUAAUGAUGAGGACAGUUUGCCCCCUCUUAUGGUUGCAUCUGGAGAAAAGGGAUCAGUGCCUGUAAUAGAAGAACACCCAUCUCAUGAGCAAAUCAUUUUGCUUCUUGAAAGCAAAAGUUUUCGUCCUGUUACAUUUGUCUUAAAUGCUAAUCUACUCGUGAAUGUCAAGUUAAUAUUUUAUUCCUCAGACAAAUAUUGGUACUUCUCAACCAAUGGAUUGCAUGGCUUGGGACAGGCAGAAAUCAUUAUUCUAUUAUUAUGUUUGCCAAAUGAAGAUGCUAUUCCGACCGACAUCUUCAAACUAUUUAUCACCAUCUAUAAGGAUGCUCUAAAAGGAAAAUACAUAGAAAACUUGGACAGUAUUACUUUUACUGAGAGUUUUCUCAGUAGCAAGGAUCAUGGAGGAUUUCUGUUUAUUACACCUACUUUUCAGAAACUUGAUGAUCUCCUAUUACCAAGUAAUCCUUUUCUUUGUGGAAUUCUUAUUCAGAAGCUAGAGAUUCCCUGGGCAAAGGUUUUUCCUAUGCGUUUAAUGUUGAGACUGGGUGCAGAAUAUAAAGUAUAUCCUGCUCCUCUAACAAGUAUCAGAGGCCGAAAACCUCUUUUUGGAGAAAUAGGACAUACUAUUAUGAACUUACUUGUUGACCUUCGAAAUUACCAGUAUACCUUGCAUAACAUAGACCAGCUAUUGAUUCAUAUGGAAAUGGGGAAGAGCUGCAUAAAAAUACCUCGGAAAAAAUACAAUGAUGUGAUGAAAGUUAUAAAUUCUUCUAAUGAGCAUGUCAUUAGCAUUGGAGCUAGUUUUAGUACUGAAGCAGAUUCUCACCUAGUCUGUAUACAGAAUGAUGGCAUUUAUCAAACACAGGCCAACAGUGCCACUGGCCAUCCUAGAAAAGUGACAGGUGCAAGUUUUGUGGUAUUCAAUGGAGCUCUCAAAACAUCUUCAGGAUUUCUUGCUAAGUCCAGCAUAGUUGAAGAUGGCUUAAUGGUACAAAUAACACCAGAGACCAUGGAUGGCUUGCGACUAGCUCUACGAGAACAGAAAGACUUUAAAAUUACGUGUGGGAAAGUUGAUGCUGUAGACCUCAGAGAAUAUGUGGAUAUCUGCUGGGUAGAUUCUGAAGAGAAAGGAAACAAAGGUGUUAUUAGUUCGGUGGAUGGAAUAUCAUUACAAGGAUUUCCAAGUGAAAAAAUAAAACUGGAAGCAGAUUUUGAAACUGAUGAGAAGACUGUAAAGUGUACUGAGGUGUUCUACUUUCUAAAGGACCAGGAUUUAUCUAUUUCAGCAACUCAUUAUCAGUUUGCAAAAGAAAUAGCCAUGGCUUGUAGUGCUGCACUGUGUCCUCACCUGAAAACUCUGAAGAGUAAUGGGAUGAAUAAAAUUGGUCUCAGAGUUUCCACUGAUACUGAUAUGGUUGAAUUUCAGGCAGGAUCUGAUGGCCGACUUCUUCCUCAGCAUUAUUUAAAUGAUCUCGAUAGUGCUCUAAUCCCUGUACUCCAUGGUGGGACCUCCAGCUCUACUAGUUUACCAUUAGAAAUAGAAUUAGUAUUUUUCAUUAUAGAAAAUCUUUUUUAGUGAAAGAUAUGAGUAAUAUUAUAUAUUGCAAACUAAUUUGUUAAAACUAAAUCCACUAAAACUGAAAUGCCACAGACACUAAAAGUAAAGAUUUGCUGUUUGAAACAUGUAAGUUUUGCUUUUUAGGUAGGAAAUGAUCUUUUUAAAUCAUUAGCACAAUAUUUAAAUCUCUAAAAAUUUAAGAGACCCACAGUUUUUGAAGCUCUGACUUAAUACAAGUUCUAUAAAGACAAAGAUUUUUUCUGUCUUUAAUAAAUUUGUAGCAUUUACUGUGUUAUUUAAAUGCAAAGCCAAAGUAUCUGCACUUAUGUAUACCUCUUUAUGCCAAGAAUGAUUUUAAUGAAGGCUCUUUUCAGAUGUAACCUUAUGAGGGAAAUAGCUGUUACAUAUGCCAGUUACAUUGCUGGCUUCUAGAGUCUGUUAAAAAUGAAUUUCAAUGGCACAGUUUCCAGAUCUUAGUCUUAUAAUUCUUUGAAUAAGGCAGAUAACGUAUUUGUAUAAUUGGAGUGGAGACCUACCUCCAUGAUUAGAUAAACUCUGAUUAUUUGGAUCAAAAUCAGAAUUUUGCCUUUUUUCUUCUCAAAUUUAUAUAUAUAUAUAUAUAUAUAUAUAUAUAUAUAUAUAUAUAUAUAUGGUUUUCUUUAUUAAAUGGGUAUUCUUAAAAUAAUUGUGGGUGCUUCAGAAUUUUGUGCUUAUAUAUUUAAAUACAUUGUUUUUAUAGCAAAAACGUGAUUCAGUAUAUGUUUUAUAAGUCUUUAAUAAUUUAUAAAUAGGUAAUAUUUUUGUAUUGCAGUGCAUUAUGUUUUCUCCUUUCCUUCCAAAAUAUACCCCACUGUAUUUACCACUUCUAAGAGUGAUGGACAACAGGCCAUAUGACCCUUGAAGUAGUCAUUAUGUAGCAAUAAAUGAAGCCUGAAACAGGUUUUUUUUAACUUCUCCUUUAAACCUUAGAACUUUCUUGGCAAGUCUGCAUAUUUUCAGUGACACCAAUGUACUAAAUAUACAUUUUAAUGAACUAAUUACUUUUGCAUAUUUUAUAUUCUCUAUAUGGUAGUUAUUUUUUAUAACAGGAUAUUAACCUAAGUUAAAUUCUGUGUGUUUGAAACUGUUACAGAACUUUCCUCUUCAAACAGCAAAAUUGUAAGAAGUACUUUGUGUUAAAAAAAAAAAAAAGUUAAGGGGAUAUUUUAGUUAGUCCUAUAAUUUACAUUAUAUAGAAUAUAAUCAUAAUUUUCAUGUUUCUUUUUUAUUCUUAUGUGGUAUAUGUUUUUGUAUCGAAACACUCAUUGUAUAUUUCAAGAAAAAAGAAAACUAUACUAAAUAACCCUGAUGUAAGAAAAAAGACUUAUGAAGCAUCUCAACACUAAAUAACCCUGAUGUAAGAAAAUACUUAUGAAGACCAAGUCAGGGUUAUAACUCAGGAUCUGAGUCUCAGGCUAGGAGAGACUGAGAAUUUUACUCCAUUGGUCAUAUGGUUCCUACUGAAUCACAUCUGUAGUACUAGCCAAAGACAUCCUAUGAAGGAGAUUAUCAGUCUCCUGGAAGUAGCUACUUCAUAAGCAAUGUAAAAUGUUGCAGCUAUUAAAUAAAAAGGCAACACAAAGUAACCUGUGAAAUUUAUUGAAAUGGUAUAGGAUAAAAACAAUUGCAUAUCAAACUCAGUUUAUGUUUUCUGUGUAUACUGUGUGUUUAUUUCGCAGUAUAAGUAGUUGCACAGUCUAUGAGUACUGAAAUUACUUUAAAAUAACAGUUUGGUGCAGGGUGCUUCCCAUGAUAUAGGAUAGGAUAGGAUUUGGAUUUGUUUUCAUAAAGUCUCUACAUUUAAUAAAAAUUGGAAUAAUGUGCCUUUGGAGGCACAUUUUGAAGUGUUCUUUGUAGCUGUACAAUAUGUUUCUGAAUGCCAUUGUUACUUAUUUGGUCAUGUUCUUCACAUUGGUACUUAAUUUUGAAAUUUUAAUUUUUUUAAAGGUGAAGAAAUAGAAUGGUUCUGUGUAUUCAGUCUGCACUGAUCUGUUUUUGGUCUUACGCCUUUUAUUAUUGCUCUUUUUCUCUGAAUUUUGAAAUAUGAAGUAAAAUCUAGCCCACUUGUUCUAUGCAGCCACCAAACAAACUUUGUGUCUAUAUACUUGCUAUGUGCAGAGCACUUUAUUAGGCUUCACUGGUUGACAGAUGAAUAAAAUAUUUCUGUCCCUAAUGGAACUGAAUAUGUGAAGCAGAUAAUUAACAAAGUAAAAGUAAUUGCUAUAAUAGAGAUAUGAAUCUUGACUACAUGGUUGGAAAACAACCCAGGAGGAUGGCUAUACCAAUAAGGAGAAGAUGUUAGAGAGAGAUAAGGAGAUAAGGAGAACUUGUUAGAUAAUGGGCAUUAAACUCGGCCAGGUAAGAGAUAAAAAUCUGAAAAGUAGGUAAUAUAUAGAAAGACUGGACCUUCUCUUGUAUGAAUAUCUCACCUUCUGAUUUAAUCAUAAAAGCAGUAGCCUGACUAUGGUAUCUCAACUGCCUAAAUUUAUAAUAGCCUAGAUUCAAAUAUUGUUUUAUAAGAACAGAACUUUUCUUUUUUUAGUAGCAAGUAUAACUUUGAUAACUUGACUCCUAUUUUAAAAGAAAAUAUCCUGAAAUAAACCAGAAACCUACAAAACCA